AGGAAGGAAAGGGAAAGAAAGAGAAGGAAAGAAGAAAAAGGGAGGGAAGGAGAAACAAGAAAGAAAAGGAAGGAUGUUGACAUUCCUGUAAGUGUUGAUAAGGGAUAUCUAACAUUGGCAGUCAUAUAAAACAGGCACGCUCUUUCAGAUAGUGCCAUGUGUGCAUGUGUAAAUUGUUAUUAUUUUUUCUCCUUUCACUUUCCCCAAAUACCCGUAUAUUCCACGAACGAGGCCGGAGGAAUCGAGAGCUUUUUAUCAUUAUUAUUAUUAUUUUUCUCUCUGUCUCUUUCGAACUGUUAUAGCGUUGGGUUUUCGCCCUCUUUGCAGCAUGAUUUGAACUAGCCACCAUGGAUUAUUCACGGCUUCACAUGUAUAACCCUCCCCAGUGCCUGCCAGAGAACACUGGCUAUACUUAUGCCCUCAGCUCAAGUUACUCGUUGACCGCCUUAGAGUUUGAGACCACGCACAAGUUGGACCCCGUCUUCGACUCGCCAAGAAUGUCGAGGCGCAGCUUACGUUUGUCUACAGCGGGAUAUGGGGGCGCUAAAGACGAGGGUCUCUUCGGAAGCGGCAGCAGCUACGCUGGGAAAAAGAUGUUUGCCGAUCAGUCACCCCAGUAAGCCUUUCGUUUGCUACUGACCAUUCUUUUUUCUUUUUUUAAAUUUUU